AUGAUGCCAGUGAGCGCUAAGUUUGAGGGACUGGAUAUGAACAAUUCGCAGUUGGAUAUGGGAAUUUGGAGCUCCGAAGAGAGAUCUAGGCUGAAAUGGGAAAAAAGAAAGAGGCAGACUGAAAUAGAAGGCAAGCGACAAGAGCUUGACGAGCAGAUACUUCUGCUGCAGCAUUCCAAGUCCAAAGUGCUUCGGGAAAAAUGGCUGCUGCAGGGUAUCCCCGCUGGAACUGCCGAAGAGGAGGAAGCCAGGAGGCGGCAGUCUGAAGAGGAUGAAUUCAGAGUCAAACAACUGGAAGAUAACAUUCAGAGGCUGGAGCAGGAAAUACAAGCACUAGAAAGUGAAGAGUCCCAGAUAUCUGCCAAAGAGCAAAUCAUCUUAGAGAAACUGAAGGAGACGGAAAAAUCCUUCAAGGACUUUCAGAAGAGCUUCUCCAAUGCGGAUGGAGAUGCAGUAAAUUACAUUUCCUCCCAGCUCCCCGACCUGCCAAUCCUCUGUUCACGAACAGCAGAACCAUCACCUGGGCAGGACGGGACUAGCAGAGCAGCUGCUGUGUACGCCAUGGAAAUUAAUGUGGAGAAAGACAAACAAACAGGAGAGACCAAGAUUCUCUCUACAUCCACCAUUGGCCCAGAGGGGGUCCAUCAGAGAGGAGUCAAAGUCUAUGAUGACGGUACCAAAGUAGUGUAUGAGGUGCACUCAGGAGGCACUGUAGUAGAAAAUGGAGUGCACAGAUUAAGCUCAAAGGAUGUAGAAGAGCUUAUUCAGAAGGCGGGACAAUCAAGCUUCAGAGGAGGGCACGUGUCAGAAAGAACUGUGAUUGCGGACGGGAGCCUCAGCCACCCUAAGGAACACAUGCUCUGCAAAGAAGCCAAGUUAGAAAUGGUACAUAAGUCUAGGAAAGAUCAUUCUUCCGGGACCCCAGGGCAGCAGGCCCCAGCUCCCAGCACGGAAGGGCCAGAGGCAAACUUGGAUCAGCCAGUCACCAUGAUUUUCAUGGGCUACCAAAAUAUUGAGGAUGAAGAGGAGACUAAGAAGGUGCUAGGCUAUGAUGAAACCAUCAAGGCUGAAUUGGUCCUCAUUGAUGAAGACGAUGAGAAGUCAUUGAGGGAGAAGACCGUGACGGACGUGUCCACUAUCGAUGGGAAUGCGGCAGAGCUUGUGUCCGGGAGGCCAAUCUCAGACACCACAGAGCCCUCAUCCCCAGAAGGGAAGGAAGAGAGCCUGGCCACAGAGCCAGCCCCAGGUACCCAAAAGAAAAAGCGCUGUCAAUGCUGUGUUGUCAUGUGA